UCUUCGUUCUGACCAAUCAAUUCACUCGUGUAGCAACGCUGCUGUGGAGUGUCUUCAGCGAGAGGGACGAGGAAGCGAAAAUAUUAGUCUAUAAGAUAAACGAGUUAUUUUUUUCUUCCAAUUUCAUACCAAAGGAGAUUACUUUAGCGUAAACCAAGAACGAUGACUGGUUCGAACGAGUACAAACUGAACCAGGGACCAGAGGACAGUAUCUCUGCCGUGAAGUUCAGCCCCAGUACAGGCCAGUUCCUUCUAGUGUCCUCUUGGGACUGUACUGUCCGGCUCUACGAUGUGGCAGGCAACUCCAUGAGGAUCAAGUAUUCUCACCUGGCACCUGUGCUGGAUUGUGCUUUCUAUGACCCGACACAUGCCUGGAGUGGAGGCCUGGACACGCAGUUGAAAACCCACGACUUGAAUACAGAUCAAGAUACAAUAGUUGGGACACACGACGCCCCCAUCCGCUGUGUGGAAUACUGUCCAGAGGUCAACGUCAUGGUAACCGGUAGCUGGGAUAGGUCAGUCAGGCUGUGGGACCCCAGGACCCCCUGCAACGCUGGCACCUUCACACAACCUGAAAAGGUGUACACCCUCUCUGUGGCUGGUGACCGGCUGAUAGUGGGGACAGCAGGGAGGAGGGUGUUGGUCUGGGACCUGAGGAAUAUGGGCUACGUCCAGCAGAGGAGAGAGUCCAGUCUGAAAUACCAGACACGAGCCAUCAGGGCCUUCCCUAACAAACAGGGCUAUGUCCUGAGCUCCAUAGAAGGACGUGUUGCUGUGGAGUACCUGGACCCCAGCCAGGAAAUGCAGAAGAAGAAGUACGCCUUCAGCCACCGCCUGAAGGAGAACGGCAUAGAACAGGUCUAUCCUGUCAACGCCAUCUCCUUCCACGGGGUCCACAACACCUUCACUACAGGUGGCUCAGACGGCUUUGUGAACAUCUGGGACCCUUUCAACAAGAAGCGUCUGUGUCAGUUUCACCGCUACCCCACGUCUAUCGCCUCCUUGGCCUUCAGUAACGACGGCUCCACGCUGGCCAUCGCCUCCUCUUACAUGCAGGAGCAGGGAGACAUCAGCCACCCGGAGGACACCGUCUUCAUCCGUCAGGUCACAGACGCAGAGACGAAGCCCAAGUGAGUCGGGGCGGUCCUCCUGUCUGAUUCACACCAUGGGGCCCGGUCUGAUUCUGAACAUCCAGUCCACAUCCCGGUGGUCUUGUAUGGACCGCACCGCCACACUGCCCCUCACACUUGUUUUGGUACAUAUGAAUGGCAGCAUUGACCAGGAGCAGGCAGCUGGUAUUUUACCUGGCCAUCUAGCUCGCUCUCUCUCUCUAGCUCUCUCCAACUUUCAAUAUCCCCGUAGUUGACAGACCGAUGAGGACUUGACAAAAUGGCUGCCUCCUGAUCUGUCUGUGGAUGUGUGGCUCCAGGAGAGUCCCGAAGACAGCUGAAUGGAUCCAUCUAUACAAAACAACCUUCGCUGACCUUUGUUCAUCUGCCUAUAUUUGUUGGAUUUAAAGUUGAUUUACAUUUUUUUUUUUACUGUUCCCAUUUAUUUGUACUUUAAAAAUGAAACGUGAAGCUUUAUUAACACAUGUAAAAGGACUAGACCCAUGUUUCAGUUGUCUAGCCCUGCCCCUCUAAUACACUGGUAGAAUUAGGUUGUGUCUAGCCCCGGCCCUCUAAUAAACUGGGAGAAUUAGGUUGUGUCUAGCCCCGGCCCUCUAAUAAACUGGUGAAAUUAGGUUGUUGUGUCUAGCCCCGCCCCUAAUAAACUGGUAGAAUUAGGUUGUGUCUAGCCCCGCCCCUCUAAUAAACUGGUAGAAUUAGGUUGUGUCUAGCCCCGCCCCUCUAAUAAACUGGUAGAAUUAGGUUGUGUCUAGCCCCGCCCCUCUAAUAAACUGGUAGAAUUAGGCUGUCUAGCCCCACCCCUCUCAUAAACUGGUGAAAUUAGGUUGUUGUGUCUAGCCCCGCCCAGCUCAUAAACUGGUGAAAUUAGGUUAUUGUAUCUAGCCCCGCCCCUCUUAUUGCAUCACUCUUCUCAGACCAAUUGAAAAGGAAUAAGGUUUUUUCUGUAAUGACAUGACUAUUGAUUUGUCUAAAGAGUCGAAUAAAGACUAAAGACAAAAAUCCAAUUUGUUGCGGUAAUGCAUUUCCCUAUAAUCAAUAAAGACAUGUUAAUGACUCCAGAGAUCCUGCUCCAGCAGGUGAAUUGAUGUCAGAGCGGAGAAUUACGGUUUCCACGUCCCUCCUCCUGUGAUGAGAUGCAGUACUAUGGGACCCACUACUUCACAUGGGUCGCUCACCAGCAGUUGGCAGAGCAUAAAGACAGGAAACUCUCAGGACCCUGUUUCUCUCGCUCUGUUUCUCUUUCUCUCUCUCUGUUUCUCUCUCUCUCUCUCUCUGUUUCUCUCUCUCUCUCUCUCUGUUUCUCUCUCUCUCUCUCUCUGUUUCUCUCUCUCUCUGUUUCUCUCUCUCUCUGUUUCUCUCUCUCUCUGUUU